AUGAUGCCUGAUCUUCCAAAUGUAGGGGUGGAGAGAGACAUGGAGAGUUUUCAGGAGUUCUUUGAAAGCCCCUCGUUCAGAGCAUAUGGGCUUAAAAUUUAUCCAACACUCGUGAUCCGUGCAACUGGACUCUAUCAGCUUUGGAAAACGGGCAGGUAUAGAAAUUACCCACCUGAGCAACUUGUGGACAUUGUAGCUCGGAUCGUAGCCGUGGUCCCCCCUUGGACGCGUGUUUAUAGAGUUCAGUUAGACAUUCCAAUGCCUUUAGUUACUUCUGGGGUUGUGAAAGGAAAUCUUCGGGAGUUAGCUUUGGCUCGGAUGGAAGACUUGGGCUUGAAGUACCGUGAUGUUCGUGCACGAGAGGCUGGAAUUCAGGACAUACAUCACAAAAUUAGGCCAGACCAAGUGGAGCUUGUUUGUGGGGAUUAUAUGGCAAAUGAAGGAUGGGAAACAUUUCUUUCAUAUGAAGAUACUCGUUGGGUAUUCGUUCUUUUUAUGUGA